AGCCCUUUUGGCUCAAGCCCUCAAGGGGGGGCAGGGGAGAGGGGGCGCGCGGGGCGGGGCGGCGCGCGCGUGCGCCGGGGUCCCGCCGUCGUCGAGAGGCUCCUCGCCCAGCGAGCGAGGCCAUGGGGGGCGGCGCGUCCAAGAGGGACGGCCGCGGGCCUCCGGGCGGCACGCCGCCGGAGAGCAAGGCGGAGGCCCAGCGGCCAGCGCCCCAGCGCCUGCCCAGCCCGGAGCUCGUGGACGUGCAACCGGCGCCCAGCAAGCAGCCCGAGGUCUUUCGCGACAGGAACCUGCAGGCUCAAGUGGACAGAGUCAUCGACUGGGAGUCCAUCAACGGGCCCGCUCUCAGAAGGGCACUGCCGAUGCUCCUGGAGCUCGAGCGCGACCGGCGGUGCGACCACUGGAUGUGGCGGCCCAUCCACUACGCCGCGCUGCACGGCCUGGCGGACGCGAUGCAGCCCCUUGUAGAGAUGGGGGCCGCCGUCGACGCGCGGACUGGCGGGCAUGCUCCGGCGGGCAAGGCGCUGUCCAGGUCCACGUUCAACUUCUGCGCCGAGGUCGAGUGCGACGGCCAGGGCGUGAUCGUCGAGGAGGUGGACGGGGACGGCCUCACCGUAGCGAGGCCUCCGUCUAUGCAGAGGAGGAGGGUCCCCAUGAGCAGCUGCGUGUGCACCGGCUACACCCAGGUUCAGCACUCCACGCACACGCGGCACUUCGGCUACGCCACCGCUCUGCACAUCGCCAUAGAGUACCAGCACAUCGGCGCCAUACAGGCCCUGCUGGCGCUGCAGGCGGACCCCAACACCUCCUGGAAUGACGAGCGCGACAUGCCCCUCCACAAGGCCAUCCAGCAGGGGCACACCGAGGCGGUCGGCGCCCUGCUCACGCACAAGGCGGACCCCAACGCCGAGUGCUGCUGGGGGCACUUCCCCCUGGCCACGGCGGCGCUCUGCGCCCAGGAGCCGUCGCGGGCGGUGGCCAAGAUGCUGCUCGAGGCCGGCGCCCGGCGCGGAGUCACGGACAAGUCGGGCAAGACGGCGGCGCAGCUGGCCAGGGAGCUGGGCCACGAGGCGUUUGCCGAGACGGUGGAGAGCUACCAGGUCACCGGCAGCGGCGCCGCGGCGGUCCAGCUGGGCCAGCUCGGGGCCUUGCCGGCCGCAGCCGCCGCGGUCGAAGGGCGCGGCGGAGCCACGGCCGACCUGCCGCCACAGAGCGCUGCGGGCCUGCCGCCAGAGCCGCCACCGGGGCCGCCGCCCCCGGGGCCGCCCUCGGGAGGCGCCGCCCACCUGAGGGAGCUGCUGUGAGCGACCUGCCUGCCUGCUCGAUCGCGCCCUCCGGUGCUCUGCGUCUGCGAAGACGUCUUCUCACAAUCCUUGGUCUAGCGACCGACAAUGAAUGCAAGUGCUCUUCCUUUGCGCCCGACAGGGCUGGAGCAAUGCGACUGGCAGUGAGCGCCUUUCAUACUUAAAGCAAUGCGAAGGCCAUGGUGACCCAUGACCCAUGGACUGACACUGCACCUGGCCCAGCUGCAAACAACUCAUUCCUUGUCCUUAUAAAUGAUUCACUGCGUGGAGCUCCCCAUACGUGCAUCUCUUUGCAUUGGCAUUUCCGCAGUGAAUGUCUAGGCGCAAGAAACUUCGAAAAUGAACGAGCUUGGAUAUUGACAGCCUGGGAGAGAGUCUAACUGUGAAUGACUUUGAGUGUGUAUGAGCCCCAGUAGUACGAAUGAGUCUAUGCGCGUGAGCCUGCGCAUGGCUAAGUUUAGGGUGAGAG